GUGUAGAGCGCGCUGAUUGGCCGAGAGAGCCCUCUGUUUGCUGUGUGGGUUCCUUACCGCAGAAUGUAGUGCUAACACAAAGACGGCUCCAAGAUUUCCUCUUUAAACUCAGUUGGGUGUGUGCAUUAGAUAACAACAUCAGCCACUUUUAAUGAGAUUACAACCAAAUGUAAAAGGAAUAGUAAUUUAAUACCUGAGCUCGUAACCUGGCUUCCUCACAGAUAGAGUCGGAGUCCUGAGCACCCCGGGCCACUGUCUCAUCUCCCAGACAUGGAGCUGAGGGAGGAGUGGCAGGACGAAGAGUUUCCCAGGCCGCUCCCUGAAGAUACACUGAACCAGGAUGAUGAGUUGGAGAGUGCCAUUGCCAAUGGAAACAGACCCGCUCCCCCCAGCAGCCUGGCGCUCUCGGGGCACCCCGUCAGGAAGAAGCGUCUGGUGGCGCCCGCGCUCAGCCUCACGCUGUCCAAGUCCGACUCAAUGGACCGCAGUCUCAAGUCCGAAGAGUUCUCCGCUGCCGCCCUGUCGCCCUCACCAGAUGACACAGACCUGGACAUCAACCUGGAGGCUUUAGAGACGCCGUCGGACAGCGAGUCCUGUAACUUCCCCAGCAGCAUGCACGACCUGGAGUGGGAAGAUGACUUACCCAGGAUGGGGGUGAUGGAGGAGGGCAGGGCCAGCUCUCCAGCAAUGGCCAACCUGGAGCUGGACCAGGUGGACAGCCGUGGCCGCCGCUGGCGUCGCUUCUGUAUCUCGGGCCAGGACUACCACGUCAACAUGAGCGUGAUAGAGCCCUACCUACAGGUGCUCUCCCACGGAGGUUACUAUGGCGAAAUAAUGACUGCCAUCAUCUUGUUCUCAUCGUGUUACCUGCCGGAGAACACAAUUGAGAACUAUGAAUAUGUAAUGGACAAUCUAUUCAAGUACAUAGUGGGAACGCUAGACCUUAUGGUGUCGGAGAGCUACGUCAUGGUCUACCUCUGUGGGAUGGCUCCCAGGAACAAGAUGCCUGCCAUCAAAUGGCUCCGGCAGUGUUACAACUCCAUUGACAGGAGGUUGAGGAAGGACCUGAAGGGUUUGUUGGUGGUACACCCAGUGUGGUAUGUGAAGGCUCUGAUCACACUCGUCAAGCCCUUCAUAAGUGAGAAGUUUAGCCGGAAGGUGAAAUUCAUUCAAAGCCUCCAUGAGCUCUCCGAGUUCAUCCCCAUGGAGCACCUGGAGAUCCCAGACUGCAUCCGAGAAUAUGACGCCGAACGGAGCAGCUGAGCCCCCCCCCACUGGUUGGUUUGUAAAUACAGCGAUGACUACAUAACAAGGCUAAAGGUGAACGCUCAGAGCUGGAGGCUCCGAAGCAGAGGCCCCGCCAGUGGUCAGAGUCAUCUCUUUAUGUCCACGGACUCUAAUUUAGCCUCUGUCAGAGGUCACUGUUGUCUUUCUGCACACAACCUGCUCUAUGGAUCAGUGAAGAGACAUUUUUUAAAAGAUCUUAACUAGAAGGAAUGCACUUAACUGAGGAGACAUUUUUGUCUUAAUGCAGAUGCACGCCCAUGCAACAAGGAGCUUUGGUAACUUAUUUGAUGAAGUUGUUUUUAUAGCAAAAGAAACAAACGAAUGACCUUUUUAACCUCAAAUUGUGAUCAACAAUACUCUUUUUGUUCAUCUCUCCCUGAUUGCACAACACCUGCCAUAACGGCUGAGGACUGAUUAGAAGAAGUGUGCAACCCCAGCAGUGUUGCAUAACACCCGUGAUUUAUGAGCAUGUAAUCACUGCUGUGUAAAAAAGGGGCACAUCUAAUCUAGUUGUGCGAGUUCAGUGAAACUUUUAUUAGCCAAAAUUUAAUGAAUCUGGCAGCACAUGGUUCCUGUUACACUGAAACCCCCUCGGUUUCAUUACAGAUUCAUCAGACUUUGGUUUCAUGUGUUACAACUACAAGCCAAGCUACUUUAAUGCAAAAUUGUGUUUAGGGGGAGAAAGUAACAGUCCAGGCUAUUACAGGCAGUGAGUCAUGGUUUAAACAAUGGGCGAAGAGUUUUACAAGACCCAUUUUAUUUUAAUUUUGUAAGUCAAAUCCCUCUGCAUUCUCCAUUUAAUGUUGUUAGAUGCACUGUUUUUCCUUCCUCCUUUCCACCUUCAGAUGUAGGGCAUUUAAUCGCCGUACCUCAGGGCAAAUAUUUAUACAAGGGAACACUUGGACAACCUGUACUUUCCAGCGGCCAGGAUGAUUACAAGCACUUAUGCAGCAAUGGACCUUCAGACGGUUUCAGAUAGAUUUCAAAGAGGGGAAUGUAGUGGAUAUGGUUUUGUCUGCUGCUGUGAUGACUUGGUUGUGAGGAUUGUAAUACAAGAACUGGAGGCUGGGAACUGUUUUGAAAGUCUCCAUUGAAGCAGUUUGGUCUUUGAGGAAAUGGGCUUUGGCAGGAGAGGGAAGUGAGGUAACGGUACGGUGUGCAUUUUAGUUAUAAACAGGAACCAAGUUGUGCUGGUUGGGAAGGUUAAAUAAUAAUUUCCUGUUUGAACCUUUUUUCCUCUCACUGUGAUUCUCAUAUUGGGAGUCAGGAGAUGUCUGCAAAAAUGUUUAAUUGUUUAUUUAAAAUAAGUGUAAAUAAUGUGUUUAAAAAAUAAAAGCAUAAAUAUAAUUGAAGGGACAUUACAACACAAACUAAUAAUUUUAACGUUUUUUUUUUUUUUUCAAUGAUAGUGAUGAAAAUAGUUGUUUGAUUUAAAGGACAUGCGAGAUUAGUCAGAGAUUGUGGCUGACAUUGAGGUAAAACUGCCAACCACCUCUCAAGCUUGAUGCUUGUUACACCUCAUACUGUGGUCUCUGAAGGACUCCCAUGUGCACACUUCUCCACGGGAGGCUGUUUUUGGCAGUGAUUCACUGCAUUGUUAAAGAACGGAAAGCCAGUUGUUUUUUUCUGUCCUAAUGCUCAGAGGGAGAGCUCUUGGCAUCAUCUGUUAACAGACUAAAGAUCCAUGAUUUGCCUUUGUUUUAAUUUCUGCUCUGCUUGGGUGUUUGGAUAACGACUUUGUGUGGAUCUGUCAGAUCCCAAAUUGUAAAUAAAAUGUUACCAUAA